AUUCUGGCCCUGAGGUCCAAGACUGCGAACUAACGGCGCAGACAUUCUGAAAUCCCUCCGACCGUCUCUCCUCUCCAUCAUGACAUUGCUCAGCGACCUAUGCCUGGCCAACAGGCAAAUAUGCCGGUCCUACCUGCGCUCUCGCCGACUCCAAUCCCAUCAAAUCCGACAAUUCAGCCGAUCCCAACCGACAUUCAGCCCUCCUGUCGCCGGCGCCUCUGAAGCCGAAGUCGAAGCUGCUCGAAAAUACUGCACAAAUCUUCUCUCAAAAUACGACCGACCCUCCUACACCCUCAGCACCUUCAUCCCCCGAAACGCGCAAACGCUGUACCUCGCCCUCCGCGCCCUCAAUGUCUCCCUCUCCCUCAUCCCGGACACCACAUCCUCCUACACGAUCGGGCUCAUGCGGCUGCAAUUCUGGCGCGACGCAGUAACAAAGACACUCGCGGGGUCGCCACCGAAGGAGCCUGUCGCGAUCCUGCUCGCGUCGGCCAUUUCGGAGCUGCUUGAGCGCACGCAGGGCCGCUCACGGAUCAGCAAAGGCUGGUUGACGCGGCUGAUCAACGCGCGCGAACAAACCCUCACGAACGACCCCUACCCCAACAUCGCGGCGCUGGAGUCCUACGCCGAAAACACCUACUCGACGCUCAUGUACCUCACGCUGUCGGCGAUCCCCAUGGCCUCGGUGACGGCGGACCAUGUGGCGUCGCAUGUGGGCAAGGCGGCGGGCAUCGCGGCCGUGCUGAGAGGGUUGCCGCUGGUGGCGUUCCCGGGGCCGCAGAGCCAGCAUGCGAAUGCGGCGGGGGCGAACAUGCUGGGCGGCGGGACGAAGCAGGGGGCGGUCAUGCUGCCGCUGGAUAUCAUGGCGCAGACGGGGGUCAAGGAGGAAGAGGUGUUUAGGCAGGGGGCGGAGGCCCCGGGGUUGCGCGAUGCGGUGUUUACGGUGGCCACGCGGGCGAGCGACCAUUUGAUUACGGUGCAGCAGAUGCUGAGCAAUCUGCGGGCGGGCCAGGAUGUUGGCCAUGACUUUGAGCACGAGGGCGAAGAAGGGCAUCAGUAUGAUGCUUCUCGGGGUCAGGAAAACGAGACCCCGCUGGAUGAAGUGAAUCGCGCGUUUGGGGUCUUCAUGCCCGCCGUCAGUACGCGGCUCUGGCUGGACCGGCUGGAAGGCUUUGAUUUUGAUAUCUUCAAGCCAGAGCUGCUUGGGUCGGAGUGGAAGCUCCCCUGGAAGGCCUAUAUGGCCUUUACGCGGAAGACAUUGUAAGGCUGGUCUGAACCAGUCGGAUAAUCCAUGUAUUAUAAUAAAGGUACCCCCGGGUCUAUGUACGACUGUUCUAUGCACAACAAUUAUCCUCCACUGCCACAUAAGAAGGCGAGUUGUCAGGAUCUU